GCCAGGCACAACACUCUAAUGUAACCUUUGCCUCAGAUUUGUUGUAUAGUUAUUGCUAAUACGUACAGAGUAUGUGAAUGACUGCUUCUCGUUAGUCUUUAACUUUAUUAUAAUUAUGGAGAAAAUAUCACUAUUAGUUGGAUUUAUUCUUAUUUUUUAUGAUGUAUACGGAUCACCAAAUAGAGAAAAUAGAAUAAGUAGAUUUAGAUUGAGUGCAGCACCAGUGUCCCCCGCUCAAAGUUCUGCUGAUUCUACCGUGUCAGGGAGUGUUACCAUGACAACACCGGGACUCACAACUGUAUCUGCUAACACGAGCAUGUCAAACCCCGUAACCAUGACAACAUCGGGGCAUCACAACAGUACAACAGAACCAAUCACUUCGAAUGUGACAUCCGUUUUUCCCAACAUGACAACGCAACAAACCAAUUCAUCUAGCGAAUCUCCAUCACCAGCUACUACUUCAUCGUCACACAAUAUGUCAGAAUCAACAAAGACGUCAUCAAUACCUCACACAAUUCCCCACACGACAUCACGUGUUCCCAAGCCCGCGAAGAAGAGCAAAUUUGAGGCGUGGAGUUUUUUGGGGGGAGCGGCUGUUGGACUUUGUGUGACGCUGGCGUGUGUAGGACUCGUGUACUGUAUCAUCGACAGAAAAAAAUACCCACAUGACAGCGUGCAGUAUAGGGCCAUGUAGUUAUUUCGGUUACGUCAUAAAUAUACGCGUCAUCAAAGUAUGUAAAAUGUAAUUAUUUUGUUUUACUUAUUUAUGACUAUUUUUUAAAAUGUUUUCUGAUGAAUUUACUAGUACUCUAUGUAGUAUGUCUCCGUGCAAUAUCUCAUGUCAAACACAUAGAAAAUACUGUAUUUCUCAUUUUUGCAUAAUUUAUAAGUUAGAACUCAACAUUAUGCUGAAGACUUGUCCAUUGUGUAUAUGUCAAUGUUGUCAUUACUUGCAAGAAUUCUUUUAAAAACAGUUUGUUCAAAGUUCUCUGGGAUUUGAACUUGUUUAAUUACGUGAUCAAAUCAUGUGAAGCCAUAGGGCUUCUAGGAAGAAUAAAUCAUGUACCAAAAA